AUGCUCCACCGCCAACCUUCCCGGCACUUCGAUGCCUACGGCCAAAUGCCAAACAAUGUAUAUACGCCCGACGAUCAAUCUAUGAGAUAUGAGACGAACAGAUUUGAUAGAAUGAAUGGUCAAGUGCAAGGAAAUGGUUAUAGCUAUGAGCUUCCUCCAGCUCAGACGUGGAACCCCAACGCCUUCAGCAGCAACAACAACAACAAUUUCGCUCCUCCUUUCGCAGCGGCUACUGGAAGGAUGAAGUCCCAGACACGAGGACGAAGUGCUCUGCCCACAGGAUGGAUGGACACACAGCAAAUGUCUAAUCCAAACCUUUAUGGAGGCGGUCACGGCCCUUCGCCUCUUGGGAUGUCUCAUAUGCGGUCCGAACAAUAUGCGACUGAUCCUGACGAGGAGCUCAUACCAACUGCCAUCGUUAUCAAGAAUAUUCCAUUCGCCGUGAAGAAGGAGCAACUGGUAGAUCUUAUGACCUCAUUGAAUCUUCCACUGCCAUACGCCUUCAAUUACCACUUCGAUAAUGGCGUCUUCCGUGGCCUUGCAUUUGCAAACUUUACUUCGCCGGACGAGACUCAGCAGGUGAUCGAACAACUGAAUCACUAUGAGCUGCAAGGGAGAAAAUUGCGCGUGGAGUACAAGAAGAUGCUUCCACUGCAGGAAAGAGAGCGCAUCGAAAGAGAGAAGAGAGAGCGCCGUGGUCAACUCGAGGAGCAGCAUAGACCAAUGGGUGGGCCUCAGCUACACAGUCAGCCAUCAAUGUCAUCAUUGUCUUCCCACAGGCUAGCAAACACUCCGUCACCUAUUGGCACUAGAAAUGAAAUGCCGGAUCUGAACGAUCCCCAGACGCUGUCAUUCUAUAGCGAGCUUCUGCUCUUUAGAGACGACAAGUCAAGGGAGGCUUUGAUAUUCCCAUCGACUCUGGCUCCACCUCAACGGCGCAUAGUACAUACGCUAGCGCAUCACAUGCAGCUAGCACACGUCUCUCGCGGUAAUGGAGAACAACGACAAGUCCACGUCUACCGUCCAGAUAUGAGUCAACAAGGCAUAAGCCCUCCAAUACCGCAAGUUUCGGCCCUUCAAGGUGGAGAUCCAUCAAGGAGCAGGGGCCUCAAUCGAGCUGCUACAAUAGAUUUCAACGAAGCUCGGAACAAUUCUGACUCGGGAAUGUACAAUACUCUCCGAGGCCAGCAGUCUUCUGGCUUCCUAGGUAUCCCCGACUCCCCAAGUGGCUUUGGGACGGCACAAAAUCUUCGGGCAGCCAAGUCUGUUGCAGAUCUACGAUCCUACACCCCGUCGCCUGUCCCAUCUACAGCUAGCUUUCCGCCUAACCUACAAUCCAAUAUUGCCAGGUUCCAGGACUAUGGGACUGGAAGCGCAUCGUCCGCCGCACCAACCUUGACGCCCACUGCUUCUGGCUCCGCCCUCGGGCAAUAUCGCGAUGAAAGUGCUCUCGUCAAUGGAUUUGGCAGUAUGUCCUUAGGAGGAAAUUUGGGACCCAACGGAGGAAGCCCUCGACGUCUGAGAGGGGCUUUCUCUUGGGACCAAGAUAACCAACAAUCGGCUGCUGGACCGUCGGGACCGUCGGGACCGUCGGGCGCUGGAGCUAUUGGCAGCAACCGGUCCUUUAGCAUGAAUUUUGACAACUCCUCACAAGACAGAGGCUUGCCCAUGAGGCAACCGCGCGGGCCAUCAGAGCGUGGGCCUCCGGCUUUUUCCCGCGGACGACAGAACGGCCAUCAAGCUCGAGGUAGCGAUGAGCUGAGACAGCAGUCCAGUCAAGUGGAGAUCAUCGUUGAGUAA